GUUCUAAUCAAUCAUCACACCGGUAAAUCAUGUUUGUGCCAUCCUCUUGCAUAGAAGGAAGUAGGAAAAAAAGAGUUCAUUCUUGAAGUAUUUUGUUUGUCUAACUGAACGCUCUGACCAGAGCAAUGUCGAGCAGUUCUAGUUUUGAUAUUGAUGAAAGCUCUUCGUGUAUCAUCACCAAUUAGAGACAUCGGCUUAUCGGGUACAAGGACGGGUGAAAGACUGUUUUGAAAGAAAAUCUAUAAUACUCUUAUGGCCUGUUUUGUUGUUGAUACUUAAUAGUCGUAAUGAUAACGAUUGUAGUGUAAAUUUUGUUUACAAAUUUUCGUACUACCUAAUACCUCCUCUGCAAAUGCUAAUGUGUUAGAAUUAAUUUUUUAAACGUACACUUAGAUAUAGAAAUAAAACUAGCAUAAGCAUUUAAAAUGUCAAGAAAUUUUCCUAUUAAAAUUAUACUAAUUUUUUCAUUAUCAUUUAACACAAUUUAAUACAAUCUUUGUUUCUUUUAAGUUGUUUUCAUUUGUCAUUUUGGGUUGUUUUGUUUGUUGUUCUCCUAAAGAAUCUUUUUAUUUAUAUUAUAAAUUUGGACAUAAUUAAUCGUGAUAAUCAUAAUUUAAUAUUUUUUUAAUGUUUAUGGUCUUCAUAUAUUAUUCAUUAACUUUAUUUUUACAUUUUAAUAUUGUUUAUCAUUCUCACAUGUUUUCCACUAAAUUUACUUUAAAUUUUUUUAGUAAUUGUAGUUAUAUAUUUUUUUAUUAACUUUAUUUUAAUAUUUUUUUACUGUUUGUGGUUCCUACUUUUCUCCAUUAAAUUCAUUAUUCAAUAAAAUAACAUAUCUUCUAUCUAAAAAAUUCCAUUAUUCUUAAUCCCCUUAACAUUCCUUGUAGAAACACAUUUAAGAAACGGAGAGACUAUCAACAACCAAACAGAGUAAUUACUUUAUUCCAAGCUCAAAUGUGCUUUACUUUCCACCCAAUUUUUUCAUUUGUUUUCCUCGCAUACUAUUAGUUAACAAGAGAAGAUAGUCAGAUUAUUGUGAAAAGGAGAAUAAUAGAAACUUGUGGAUUGAUUAACCUGACAUUAGUUAAACUUGCUGCGUUUAUCUAUGCUAAAACCAGAAAAUUAGUGAUGGUAUAAUUAUAAUCCAAGCAACUUAUUAUGCAUGGAUUGAUGGAUACAUAACAUUGCAUCAUGUCAUGCACAGAAACAGAGCUUUUCUGUUCUUUGAAGCAAGGAAUGCUCCCCUUGGAUGUUGUAUAAAACUAACUGGACUUAUUGGCUUAUUUCUGCACAACUAAAUACCAAAACUUCGCACAAAUCAGUCGGAUAUCAGCCGGAAUGGCAAUCCAUAAUCGAAUUUUCUUUGCACUUCUGUUCAUGCUUGCACUUACAUUGGACUGCCUUAACAUAUUUUUUGUCAAAGGAGAAGUGCAAAUGAAGGGAAACUGCAGCUAUGUAAUAACCAUAGAAACCAGUUGUUCUAAGGAUGCAGGGACUUCAGACUAUAUCAGCUUACGAUUUGGAGACUCAACUAAUGAUGUUUUGAUUCGUCCGCUUAACAAGAGGCGAGUAAAAUGGGUUGACACAAUGGGUGAGAAUGUCCUAGAUGAUGUCCCGAGGAGACCAUUCCAACCUUGCAGUGUUGAUGAGUUUCAGGUUGAUAAACCAUGUGUGGAUACACCCAUUUGCUACUUGUAUCUGAAGCUAACAGGAUCCGAUGACUGGCGACCGGGUUUUGCACAGGUUCGGGUUCAAGACGAGGCACGUUUCAAUUCGAAGUAUUUCUAUUUUCGCCAUUAUGUUCCUAGGCAUGUUUGGCAUGGUUAUGACUUGUGUGAUAGAGAGGUCACUCCCUUUGGGAUCAAGCAUAAAAGAAAGGUUUUUCAUUAACAUGGGAUUAUUGCAUUCUUAAAAUCAUUUUAACAUAAUUCGUCAAUUAAUUCGCUUUUUGAAUUUGCAAUUUGCUUGAAAUGACCCUAAUUAAUGGAUCAUGCAACAUAAGCUUCAGCUUAGUCGAGAGAUAAAUUUUUGUAGAAAACAAAGGUGAGAUAAAUUAUUGGCUUUGUAAGAGAUAUUUCUUCAAAUUUGCUUAAACAAUGUAACACUAUGUUUAUGUGUAGUAAAGAAAAAGAAAUUAGCCUUUUGUUUGCAAGGUAUUUU